AUGCCGGGCCCGCUGCUCCGCCUGCUGUGCCUCCUCGCCUUGGGGCUGCGCGGCUCCGCCGAGCCCAGCGGCGCGGCGCCCGCCCCGGCCCAGUGCGCGGCGCCCUGCAGCUGCGACGGCGACCGGCGGGUGGACUGCUCCGGCAAGGGGCUCACGGCCGUGCCCGAGGGGCUCAGCGCCUUCACCCUAGCGCUGGAUAUCAGCAUGAACAACAUUACUCAAUUACCAGAAGAUGCUUUUAAGAACUUCCCUUUUCUGGAGGAGCUACGAUUGGCUGGCAACGACCUUUCUUUUAUCCACCCAAAGGCCUUGUCUGGGUUGAAAGAGCUCAAAGUUCUAACCCUCCAAAACAAUCAGUUGAAAACUGUGCCCAGUGAAGCCAUCCGAGGACUGAGUGCUUUGCAGUCUUUGCGUCUGGAUGCCAACCACAUCAACUCAGUCCCCGAGAACAGCUUCGAGGGGCUCGCUCAGCUCCGCCACCUGUGGCUGGACGACAACAGUCUGACGGAGGUGCCCGUGCACCCCCUCAGCAACCUGCCCACCCUGCAGGCGCUCACCUUGGCUCUCAACAAAAUCUCCAGCAUCCCCGACUUUGCGUUCACCAACCUAUCCAGCCUGGUGGUCCUGCACCUUCAUAACAAUAAAAUUAAAAGCCUGGGUCGACACUGUUUUGAUGGACUAGAAAACCUGGAGACCUUGGACUUGAAUUAUAACAACUUGGGGGAAUUUCCCCAGGCUAUUAAAGCCCUUCCUAGCCUAAAAGAACUGUUAUUUCAUAGUAAUUCUAUAUCUGUUAUCCCUGAUGGAGCAUUUGAUGGUAAUCCACUCUUAAGAACUAUACAUUUGUAUGAUAAUCCUCUAUCUUUCGUGGGGAACUCGGCAUUUCACAAUUUAUCUGAUCUGCAUUCCUUAGUCAUUCGUGGCGCCAGCAUGGUGCAGCAGUUCCCCAAUCUGACGGGGACCGUCCACCUGGAGAGUCUGACCUUGACAGGCACGAAGAUAAGCAGUAUAUCCAGUAAUCUGUGCCAAGAACAAAAGAUGCUUAGGACUUUGGACUUGUCCUACAACAAUAUAAAAGACCUCCCAAGCUUUAAUGGUUGCCAUGCUCUGGAAGAAAUUUCUUUGCAACGUAAUCAGAUCCGCCAAAUCAGAGAAGGCACUUUUCAAGGCCUCAUAUCCCUAAGGAUACUAGAUCUGAGUAGAAACAUGAUCCAUGAAAUUCACGACAGAGCUUUUGCCAAGCUUGGGUCAAUAACUAACCUAGACGUAAGUUUCAAUGAAUUAACGUCAUUUCCUACGGAAGGCCUGAAUGGGCUAAAUCAACUGAAACUUGUGGGCAACUUCCAGCUGAAAGAAGCUUUGGCAGCAAAAGAUUUUGUUAAUCUCAGGUCAUUAUCUGUACCCUAUGCUUAUCAGUGCUGUGCAUUUUGGGGUUGCGACUCUUACACCCAUUCAAACACGGAAGAUAAGAGCCUCCAAGAACACAGCGUGGCCAAGGAUAAAGGUCCCGCCGAUGCCACAGGGGUCACUGUCAGUGCUGACAGUGAGGAGCACAGUCAGAUAAUUAUCCACUGCACACCUUCAACAGGUGCUUUUAAGCCCUGUGAAUAUUUACUGGGAAGCUGGAUGAUCCGUCUCACCGUGUGGUUCAUCUUCCUGGUCGCGUUGUUUUUCAACCUGCUGGUCAUUUUAACCACGUUUGCGCCCUGCACCUCACUGCCUGCCUCCAAAUUGUUCAUAGGCCUGAUUUCCGUGUCCAACUUGCUCAUGGGAGCCUACACCGGCAUCCUAACGUUCCUGGACGCCGUGUCCUGGGGCCGGUUUGCCGAGUUCGGCAUCUGGUGGGAGAUCGGCAGCGGCUGCAAACUAGCCGGCUUCCUCGCCGUGUUCUCCUCGGAGAGUGCCAUCUUCCUGUUGAUGCUCGCCGCCGUGGAGCGGAGCUUGUCUGCCAAGGAGAUCCUGAAGAGCAGGAAAGGCAAUCAUCUCAGACAGUUUCGGGUGGCCGCCCUGCUGGCUUUCGCGGGGGCCGGCGUGGCGGGCUGCUUCCCCCUCUUCUUCCCCGGUGGCGAGUACUCGGCCUCCCCGCUGUGCCUGCCCUUCCCCACGGGGGAAGCGCCCUCCCUGGGCUUCACCGUGACCCUGGUGCUGCUCAACUCGCUCGCCUUCCUGCUGAUGGCCGUCCUCUACACCAGGCUCUACUGCCACCUGGAGAAGGAGGACCUGGCCGAGGGCUCGCACUCGGGCGCCAUCAAGCACGUGGCCUGGCUCAUCUUCACCAACUGCAUCUUCUUCUGCCCCGUGGCCUUCUUCUCCUUCGCGCCCCUUAUCACCGCCACCACCGUCUCGGUCAGCCCCGAGAUCAUGAAGUCCGUCACGCUCAUCUUCUUCCCGCUGCCCGCCUGCCUGAACCCGGUCCUGUACGUCUUCUUCAACCCGCGGUUCCGGGAGGACUGGAAGCUGCUGCGGCGGCACCUGGCCAGGAAGGGCGGCGCGGUGGCCGUGUCCAUCGGCAGCGGCAGCGGCCAGGCAGGCUGCAGUGGGGACCAGGACUUCUACUACGACUGCAGCGGCGUGUACUCGCACCUGCAGGGCAACCUGGCCGUGUGCGACUGCUGCGAGGCCUUCCUCCUGACCAGGCCCGUGGCCUGCAAACACUUGAUCAAGUCGCACAGCUGCCCUGCGCUGGCGGUGGGCUCGUGCCCGAGGCCCGACGGCUACUGGUCGGACGGUGGCACGCAGUCGGCCCAUUCCGAUUAUGCAGACGAGGAAGAUUCCUUUGUCUCGGACAGCUCCGACCAGGUGCAGGCCUGCGGACGGGCCUGCUUCUACCAGAGCCGAGGCUUCCCUUUGGUGCGCUAUGCUUACAACCUGCCCAGAGUGAGAGACUGA